AUGAAUUUAACGUUGUUCGACAGAUUGAAAUUGAUGGAAAUGUCAAACGAAAUACAUCUAGGAACUUAUUGCCUAAUGUUAUUAUUACAACUAACUGGAAUUGUGUCAAAUGGUUUCAUUUUAUCACUGUUCUACAGGUAACUUAUAUUUUUAGUUGUUGUUGAGAAGCUGAAUUCUAAAUUAAAAACAAGUUUUCUUUUCUAGGAUAUCAAACCUUCGUAAAAACAAACAUCUUCUACUUGUUUUAUACCUUUGUAUCAGUGAUUUCAUAUUUUCAUUCGCAGAAAUUCCAUACUCCGUUUAUAUGACUCUAAAUUGGAAUUCCUACCAACUAAACUUUGAUCCAUUAUAUAUUCUAAUUUCAAGUUCACCACUUCCAUUUCAGCUGAAAAUUUCAGCCGUUUUCACGAUAUCAAUUGCAAUAAGCAGAAAUAUUGUGAGUUUUUGACAAAAACAAAAUAAUAAAAUGAAUAUCAAAGAUCUUUAGGCACUGAUAAAACCAGGAUUUUACUUAAAAAUGGAUCAGGAUAAAUAUGCAAGAACUACAACUAUAAUCGCAAUAAUAUUCGGAAUUUUCGAUCUGAUUCUAUAUUUUUCAUUAUCUGAUUUGAUACCGAAACCAGAUUGUGGAACAAGUGGAUGUUUUGUUGGUGAUAGUUUCAGAUAUUAUUGGGGCAUUUCAAAUAUGGUUAGUUGAAAAAAAUAAACAAAAACAGAAGAAAAAGGGGACACAUGAAUGAUUUCAAUAAACAAAUUUGUCAUAAUUGAAUUCCAAAUGUGUGUGUUGAUUUAUGUUGGUCACUGAUCUUUUUAUGGUCGCCUGAUUAAUCAAAAAUCUGAUUGAUACGAAGCUAGGAAAAUGCCACGAAUUAGUGAUCAAAAACAUUUCGAAAAAAUUAUAAAAAGCCUUAGGGUUCAAUUUAAACACAUGAGGCUUCCUUCGACUUCACAGAUGAUCUUGAAAAAUUCUAAACUUUUCAGAUCCUUGGAGUUAUAGUCAUUUUUCUCUCGUGCACAAUUUUCAUGAAAAUCAGUCAUCAUAAAACUUUAACUCUUCGUAAAUCAGCAAACGAGGCGAGAUUUCGACAAGCAAAUCGAACAUCUCUUGGGAUCUUAGGUAAGAGCUACACAAUUUUCUCUCGAAAUGCAGACUUAAAAAAAAGAAAAAUUCCAGUCUCCGCUAUGGCAUUUCUGACAAUUCCAAGUGUAUUUGUUGGAAUUUUCGAAAUAUGCGGUUUAUCAAUUUUCAAACUAGUCGGCCCAUUUUAUUCAACUUCUUUAUUGUCGAGUGGUAAGCACGUAAACAAAUCAUUUUCCCAUGAGCUUAUCUAUAGUCAAAAGAACUUGUGUUGUAGGUAGACACAAAAUAAAGAUCAAUGUGGAAUAACAAGAAGUUAACCAAUAAUCAUGUUAAAAAAUAACAAUAAUUUUUUUCUGAUAAUUACAGGAAUUUGCAAUGCUCUUAUAUUUAUUGUUAAUAAUACCGAUGCUCGCCGUAUUAUUUCUUCGAAAUCUAAUCCAACUCAACAAACUGCUCCAUCAGUUGUCUCAACUCAAAGAAAUUAG